AUUCAAGGGGACAUGGAAUGUAACACCCCCGGUAUCCUGCUACAGUAAUCGCAUGCCUGAUGAUGCCAUGUCAUCAUAAUGAAGUUGCUAAUCCUCACUUUGUUUCAGACCAAACUCAAAUUCAAAUUUUAAAAUGCAAGUCAAAUAAAUUAUUUCUCUAAACAGUAAAACAAAAAUGUUCACUGGGUUAAAAAUAUUCAUUAACUAAUUGUCAUGAAUGAUUAAACAUCAUCCUAGAUAUUUAUUAUCCCCAGGAAAUUAAAACAGUUUCAAAUCAGCAUUUUAAAUGCUUUCCUAUUUUUGAAAAAAUCCAAAUCAAUUCAAACUCCUUCCAAAUUUUUUGUGGCAGUGCCAAAUAUCGUAAUGUAUUUAUGUGGCCAAGUUCCACAUUUUACAAAGACAAAUUGGCAACUCAAAGUAUUGCAAAUAGAUUAUGUAAAAGAAAAACAGAAAAUAAAUUAGCAAAAAGAAAAAGCCUAACUACCACUGUGCAUUUGUAGCCCAUUGCUAUAGUGCACAGCCCAGCCCAACAACCCCUUUUCCCCUUCCUCCUGCUACAGGAAGCAGAGAGGGGAUCGUGUGUUAACAUACUUGUAUUUGUACUGUAAUUCUGUUAUACUUUGACUAGCUGUUGUAAUAGCUGUUGUAUCCUCUCCUACUUUCUAGGAUCGCUAACCACUCUCCCGUCAUGGCCUGCGUGCCUUGCAUAACGGGAGACUUGGGUUCUCUGAUAUAUAUGUAACCUGUAACCUGCUCCAUAUUCAGUGAAUACAACAGCACAGUGAGAACCAUCUCGUCUAUCUUGGUAUCAGCUUCCAUGGCUUUCGAGGACAUCUUCGGCGACCUUCCCUCUCCGGCUGCCUCCGCCGCCGCCGCCGACUCUCCCUCCUCUCCUCCUGGUUCCUCUGCGCCUUCCGCCCCCACUCUUCCCGCCGCCACCUCUGCCCUUUCCACCAUGGUCGUUCCUCCUGCCGAUCCCUACCUACUCAACUUCCAUCAAGAUCACAUCUCCAACCACAUCACCUUCAAACUUGAUCCCUCUGCCAACAACUACAUCAAGUGGAGGACUUUCUUCAACUGCGUUCUCCAGCAACACCGUGUCCAAGAUCACGUUCUCCAGUCGCCUCCCGCCCAGCCCGAUCCCACCUGGCUUGCCGUCGAUCAACGGCUGAUCCUCUGGAUCCUUUUCACCCUGGCCGACUCCCUUCUUGAGCUCAUCACGGGGGGCGCCACCGACGCCUACACCGCCUGGACCUGUAUCCGGGACUACUUCCAAGCCAACCAAGGUGCCCAAUACCUCCAUCUCACUCGUCAGUUCCGUAACCUCAAGCAGGGUGACCUCACGGUCUCGGACUACGCCCGGCGCCUGAAGGCGCUCGCCGACGCCCUCGCGGACACAGACAACCCCGUCAAGGACCACGACCUGACGAUGCAGCUCCUGCACGGCCUCGACGCCCGCUUCGACACCAUCCGCACCAUCCUCGGCGACACCAUUCCACUGCCUCCCUUCGCCGUCACGCGUUCCCGGCUCGACCUCGCGGAGUACAACCUCAAUCUCCGUGCGGCUGAGGCGGGGUCCGCAGCCCUCACCGUCACCGGCGGUCCCAGCACCAACCCUGACCGCGGUGAUCGCGGUGACCGUGGCGACCGCGCUGAUCGCGGCGACCGCGCUCCUCCUCCUGGCCGCGGCACUGGUGGCGCCCGUGGCAACGGUGGUGGCGAUCGUGGCCGUGGCCGUGGUCGCAACGGCAGUCACGGUCGUGGCCGGUCGGACUCUGGCGGCCGUGAGUCCUCGUCUUACCCACCGUCGCCGUGGACCGGCUAUUUUGCUCCGUUCGGCAUGGCGUUGCCGGCUCCCCGCCCCGGCUGGGUCCCUCCCAACGCUGCUGGUGUCCUCGGCCCGCGCCCGGGGGUUCAUUCCCAGGCCUACCCGCUGAUGUACUCUGGCGCUCCCCCUCAGCAGCCGGGCCCUUCCACCUUCCCUCUGGGCGCUCCUGGCUGGGAUCAUGCCGCCCUUCUUCAUCAAGCCUACAGCCAGCAGGGUCUGCCCCAACACGGUGCGGACUGGAUCCUCGACUCCGGCGCCGCCACACACGUCACGGGUAACGCAGGCUCUUCCAACCAGGACGCCCAUCAUGACGUCCAGUAGCCCAGGCCCUCUCUACCCAUUCUAUGGCAACCACACUCCGGGCGGCACCGUGUUCUUCAUCACUUCCGGCGAUCUGUGGCACCAACGUCUUGGACAUCCUGGCAAGGCGUCCUUAGCAUCUAUUUCUAAAGAUUUUCUUCCCGAUUGUAAUAAUGCUGCACGAUCCCCUUGGACGGCUUGUCAACUCGGACGGCAGCCUCGUUUAUCUUUUACUUCUUCCAAUAAUUGUACUAGUGCUCCAUUUCAACUUAUUCACUGUGAUCUC